AUAAAUGAGCAUCAUGCCACCAUUUCAGAACAGCUAUCGUUCACAUUGACAUUAUGGCGAGGAAGAAAUUAGGAUGGCAUGUAAAAGCACACUGAUGUCAUGUGCUGUUGCGCUAUAUAUAUUAAUUAGCCUGUUCGGUAAAAGUUCUCAACGUGCACAUGGAGAAGUUCGCAUAGACUUUGAACCACAAUAUAUUCCGUAUCAAGACAUCAGAAAGAUUUUCGAAGCAAAUGAAGAUUGGUGGUUAUACGGUUUCUACUUUUCUACCGGAGGUCUUUCAGAAAAUAACAAAGAUUGCACACUUUUUCACAAAGAGCAACAAACAGACAAUCGGAUAACUUUGAAAGCCAUCGGCGGCAAGGGCAGUGAUCGGAUAGAAAGAGACAUCAUAGGAUAUUUCUAUCAAUGCAAGGACGAAUACAAUACUGAAGGGAACAAACGAAAGAAGCCGAAUUGUGUCAGACUACAACCACCAGACACAACGUUCGGGGAAAAAUUGAGAUUAAGUUAUACAGACAGGAAAGAGUGCGCUCUUUUGCGAGUCCUCGACGUUGGCGAAGGAACGGGCUGCCUGGUUCUUCUUCGCAAUCCGGAAAGAGGAUUGACAGGAACUUGUGAAAGCAUGUAUAAAAAUGUUUGCGGAGAGGCAGUAGCACUUCAGAAGACGUAUGACGCAUCUUGCACAAAGAAAAACUAGGGAAAAUAGGAAGUCAAGGGUACAGAAUAAGACCAAGACAAUCAGGGAAACCCGGGUAAACAGGAAGAGGUCGAUGAAGUUAAAUAAAGAAAACAACCGUUGCC